AUGUGCGACGACAGAGGUCGCUUCGUGUACGAGGACGGCAUCAUCACGCGCACGAGCCGUCAGGGGCGCAGGAGCUGCGACGAUGAGACCGCGCACGUGGCUGAGCAGCAGCAGGGCGACGCAUCAGCUGGGAGCACGCAGGUGUCCGAACGUGAGCUGCGGACGCCGGAGAACGACGGGGGUGAGGCGCGUGAGGUGGACGGGCGAUCGGACGAGGUCACGCAGGCGGACACCGCGGGGGCCGCUGUUGGCGGAGUGACUGCUGAAGACAACGACACACAGGUCACGCAGGCGGACACCGCGGGGGCCGCUGUUGGCGGAGUGACUGCUGAGGACAACAACGACACACAGGUCACGCAGGCGGACACCGCGGGGGCCGCUGUUGGCGGAGUGACUGCUGAAGACAACAACAACGACACACAGGUGCGCGGUCGCUGA